AUGUCUAAUCUGUUCUCCGCGUCUGAUAAUGGGGGUAAUUCUCAAAACCCUAAUAAGGGUUUUGCAAGUAGAAUGCUGAACAUUGAUGGUAAAACAUACUGUCCACGCCGUGGAGUAUUGAUGAGUCAACAACAAGGGCCAACGGUUGUGAACAUUAUUGACGAGCUUACUAAGAUAACAGUGCCUGUGGAGUCGGCUGAAAAGAGAUCAGAAGUCAACAAGAAUGCUGACCUAGAUGAUGAGAAUCGAAAUAAAAGGGAGGUUAACUUUAGAUUUAUGCAACCAGUGGAAACAAGGGAUGAUGCUGACAUUGUUAUCCCAAAAGAGGUUGUUGAACAGGUCCAGGAUAAAUUUGAAAACGUUCUAUACGGCUAUUUUUUGGGGAAUCGAUUACCGUAUCCGGUAGUAGAAUACUAUGCUAAAAACGUUUGGGCGAAGUUUGGUUUUUCAAAGCUCAUGAUGAAUUCAGCAGGAUUCUUUUUCUUCAAGUUUGGCUCGAAUGAAGGUAUGAUGAAAGUGCUUGAAGGAGGGCCGUGGUUAAUAAGGAAAAUUCCUUUAUUUCUGAAUAAAUGGUCCCCGAAAGUUUCUUUAAAAAAGGAUGGUAUAAAAACUAUUCCUCUUUGGGUUAAAUUGCAUAAUGUUCCGAUUGCGGUCUACACAGAUGAUGGGUUAAGUUUGUUGGCCUCUAAAAUUGGUGUUCCUAAAAGAUUGGAUUCAUACACUGCGGAUAUGUGUGCGGACAAUUGGGGUAGGAGCAGCUAUGCUCGUGCUAUGAUAGAGGUAAGUGCUGAAAGUGAACUAAAAGAUUAUAUAUCGCUAGCUAUCCCUAAAAUGGAUGAAGACGGGUACGUUAUGGAACGUGUGAAAGUGGAAUAUGAAUGGAAACCCCUCCGUUGUGCUACUUGCUGUUUGUUUGGGCAUGAUGAAAAGACGUGUAGUAAGAAUGACAAAGGUAAGGGAAAACAGGUUAUUGUGGAUGAGGAGGGUUACGUAAUGGAUAACAGACGUGUUGCUCGACAUAUCUUUCCCCAAAAGAAACAAAAGACGAAGUUCAUUGAUAAACCGAAGACAAAUAACUCGGGAGCUAGUUCCUCCGGAACAAGUAGUGGGCAACCUAUGGUGAAAGUGGCAAACUCAUUUCAGCCUGUAUCAUUGGAUGAUGAUGAUGAUCCAAAAAACGAUAGUGUUCAUACUCAACAUGAAGCCUCUAAGGAGAUGGACACUAAAAAGUCUGAGGAAGUUCUAGAGAAGAUACCAACGGAAAUGUCCAAGUUUAUGGGUACCAAUGUCACGGAUUGUCGAUCUGAGGGGGCAAGCACUCCCGGUUCUAAUGAGACACAUGUUAAUGUUAGUAAUCUUGGGAAAAUAUGUAAGACUGUUUUCCGUAGAUGGAGUUGGAUGUCGAAUGGGGACGUGUGUCAAAGAGGAACAAGAAUUAUCUUGGGGUGGAAUUCGGAUGAAGUUGAUCUUAUGGUUUCUUCUCAAUCGGACCAGGUUAUUCAUACUCAGGUUCGUUUCAAAGCUGACUCAAAAAUGUUUCUGUGUUCCUUUGUUUAUGCGGAGAAUCGAUAUCAGCAACGUAGAAUUCUUUGGGAAAACUUAUGUAAGCAUAGCUGCUUAGCUCGUAAUCAGCCGUGGGUUAUUCUUGGGGAUUUUAACACAGCUCUCAACAUGGAAGAUUGUUUAUAUGGGCCUUCGAAUCACACAAUUGGUAUGAGAGAUUUUUCUGAUUGCAUCAAAGUUGCUGAACUUAUGGAUGUUAAAAGUCACGGUUUACACUACACAUGGAAUCAAAAGCCUAAAGAGGGGAUUGGAGUCCUCAAGAAAAUAGAUCGUAUUAUGAGCAAUAUCAAAUUUUUGGAUUUAUUUCAGGAUGUGUAUGCCUUGUAUCAGCCGGCUCGGGUAUCUGAUCAUACCCCUUGUGUUCUUAAGUUGUCUCCUAUUACCCGCAACAAGCAGAAGCCGUUUAAAUUUCCGAACUUUUUAACGUCGAAACCGGAGUUUAGACAGUAUGUUGUUAACGAAUGGAAUAAAGGGGUGCAAGGCUAUGCUAUGUUUUCUGUUAUGAAGAAGUUGAGGAACUUGAAACCGUGCUUCCGUAAACUCCUUCAUCAACAAGGAAAUCUUCAUGACAAGGUUACUAGGCUUCGUAGUGAGCUGGAUUCAGCCCAGCAUCUUGUUGAUACGAACCCGCUAGAUGUUGAAGCUCGUGACUUGGUGGCCAAAUGUCUUCAUGAUUUUCAGGUGGCGGCCUAUGAUGAGCAAUGUUUUUUAAAGCAAAAAUCGAAAAUUGAGUGGCUUUGUGCUGGUGAUUCGAAUACUUCUUAUUUUCACAAUGCGGUAAAGAGUCGGAAUUCUAGAAAUAAAAUAUGA